UUUUAAAUGGGAUCGACCCCUUCACGAUUUCCAUGUGGCGCCGAAGCUGUGAAGCCAUCUAAACUGUGAAACCGUUACCAACUGAGCUCGUCGGAAGAAACAGGGGAACGCAAAUCCAGAGACGUCGGCCGGUGCGAAUUGGACGGGAAGAUUUCCAGUUCGAUGGCGGCGCUUCUUCUACAUACGACAACUACAGCUAUAGCUAUGGCUCCUAGUGGAUGCGUACGCUUACGCAUCUCACGGCCGGCAACGCAUAUUAGACGCUCUUCAGUAUCUCCAUUUGCUACGCUCUCUCCUCCUCGCGGCCGCACCAGCGAUGCCACCACCACCAUCGAUUGGGUGGAAGCUACUUCAAGCUUCUUCGAUCAAGACACCAGGCCUAUCAUGCUAUUCGACGGUGUAUGCAACUUAUGUAAUGGAGGUGUGAGGUUCGUCCGUGAGAACGACCGAGACAGAAAUAUAAGAUUUGAAGCUCUCCAGAGUGAAUCAGGGAGGAAACUGCUGAGAAGAUCUGGAAGAUCACCUGAUGACAUUUCAAGUGUUGUACUCGUUGAGAAGGAAAGAUCAUAUAUCAAGUCAGAUGCAGUGCUGAAGAUCAUGGAAUACAUUAACCUGCCUUUCCCCCAAAUAGCAUUCUUUUUACAGUUUGUACCUAUGUUCAUGCGGGAUUUUGUAUACGACAAUGUUGCAAACAACCGAUAUUCAAUCUUUGGUCGCUCAGAUUCGUGUGAGAUAUAAAUCAGUCUAGCUCUACCAUUACCAAUUUAGUCUGUAUAUUGGAGAAAACACUCCUUAGAAGUGGUAUUUCGUCAAUUAGUCUUGGUCUAAUGGAUGCAUAAGAUUGAAAUGGAAUUAUACCUUCAAAGUGCAAAUCAGGAGAAUGUAUCUUAUUAUCCAGAAAGAAGUCACAAUUCUCUGUACUGGUAUCAGAUUUAGAUGCCAUGUAUUAGUUGUACAAAGAAUAUAGAAUAACUUUCAGACA